GCAGGUGUCCACUGUGACAGUGUGUGUGAGGACGGACGCUGGGGACCGAACUGCUCCUACAGCUGCACCUGUGAGAACGGAGGCUCCUGCUCCCCUGAGGACGGCUCCUGUGUGUGCGCUCCCGGCUACCGAGGCACCAACUGCAGGCGAACAUGUUCUCCGGGUUUCUUCGGCCAUCGCUGCAGCCAGUCGUGUCCUCAUUGUAUCCACAGUGACGGGGCGUGCCACCACAUCAGCGGCCAUUGUGAAUGUCUGUCGGGCUUCUUCGGCUCGCUCUGUAAUCAAGUGUGUCCCAGUGGGAAGUUUGGCAAAGCCUGCUCCGAGGCCUGUCUGUGCACCAACAACAGCACCUGUAACCCGAUCGACGGCUCGUGUCAGUGCUACCCGGGAUGGAUCGGCGAGGACUGCUCCAAACCCUGUCCUCAGGGCUCGUGGGGCCCGGACUGCAUCCACACAUGUAACUGUCACAACGGAGCCCAGUGCAGCGCCACGGACGGAGAGUGUGACUGCAGCCCCGGAUGGACGGGACUCUACUGUACUCAGCGCUGUCCGACGGGUUUCUACGGCUCGCAGUGUGCCGAGGUGUGUCGCUGUCAGAACGGGGCGGACUGCGAUCACAUCAGCGGACAGUGUUCCUGCAGGACGGGCUUCAUCGGACAGAGCUGCGAGCUCAAGUGUCCUGCGGGGACGUUCGGUUACGGCUGUCAGCAGCUGUGCGAGUGCAUGAACAACGCCACCUGUGACUACGUGACGGGAACGUGCUACUGCAGCAUCGGAUUCAAGGGAAUCCGCUGUGACCAGGCCGCCCUGAUGAUGGAGGAGCUGAACCCUUACACUAAGAUCAGCCCGGCUCUGGCGUCGGAGCGGCAGUCGGCCGGCGCCGUCCUGGGCAUCAUCUUCCUGCUGCUGCUCAUCAUGGCCAUGCUCAGCCUCGUCGUCUGGUUCCGGUACCGGCAGAGAGACAAAGGCCACCACGUGCCGAACGUCACGUACACGCCCGCCCUGCACAUCAACUCCACCGACUACUCGCUCUCAGACUACAUGAAGGGUUCCUUGUCCAGCACGUGCUCCCUCAACAGCGAGAACCCGUACGCCACCAUCAACGACCCGCCCGGCCUCUGCAAACACUCCGAGAGCAGCUACGUGGAGAUGAAAUCACCGGCUCACCACGAUCACAUGACCCACUGCUGCUCCGCCGCCAUCAUCACCACGACCACCAGCACCACCACCACGCCCGCCAAGAACGUCUACGACAUGGAACCAACCAUCAGUAUCGUCCAGGGUGCCGGCACCGUGGUGGUUCCCACUUACCCUCAGAACCCGUACGACCUGCCCAGGAACAGCCACAUCCCGAGCCACUACGACUUGCUGCCGGUGCGCCCGAGCCCCUCUCACAGCCACAGCCCUCCGCUGCCCGGCAGCCCCACCAGCUCGCUGCUCUAGACCUCAACUCCCAGCACCUCAGACUGGACACUGGACCAGUGCUCCCAGUUCAUCCAGAGCCAGAAAACUGUGAACCGGGACAUGACAUGGAUUUUUUUUAAAGCAGAGGAACAUUCAGAGGACAGAAGUACAUAUUUAGUUUGAACUAAUAUUUAUUUAUUUAUUCCUCGUGCUGCUGUUUGAUAUUUUAUCACUGUAUAUUAUCUAAAGUAUUUGUUUCUCAAUACUACAUAUUUGUGUCGUAUUGUAAAUUCCCCGUCAUCGACAGACAGAGGGAAUAUACACGGACGGUACGUAUGCACACAAGUAUGCCGUUUUUGUCUGGUACGCUCGUCUCUUUGUCUUUUUUGAUACGUCCUGAGUCAGAAGAUCGAGUUCGAAGGACGGCAGGAAAAGAAAAGUGACGGAGUGACUCUGUAAAUUUGUCUGAGAAGCGUGUGCAGAGACUCGCUGCACGCCUGGAUCGAGUGGAUCUACCAAACUCGUACAAAGAAUCAUGAAGACUGUUCGGCCUGCGGUGCAAACAAACUGAUUAAACUCCCAGAAGAAAACACGCAAAGUCGCACCUGGUCAGAUUUACACUACCUGUACAGUUCUGGUAUUUUUACACAUCGUUUCUUAUUUCCUGUUUACAUAUUUAAAGAUCUCGCCUGGGAUCCAUAUUUUCUCUCUGAACUUCUCUUUUUGUAUGUACUGUAGACAGAGUGCUGUAUUGGCUGUACACUUACUGUACACUAGUGUUUAUUAUAAUUAUGAUUAUUGUGAUUUUCUUUCGUAGUGUCAAGCUUAAUACACAUGCAUGCCAAAGAUUAUUGGAGAUAUCAUAGUUAGCCAGGAAUACCCUGAUUGUGUUCUUUGGUGAUUAUUGUCAUCUGACUGUCUGAACAUGGGAACAACGCCGAUCUGAAACAUGGUUUUUAUUAGGAAUGUGGAAAGUGUCCAUCGCCCAAGAUGACAUCUUCAAAUGUCUCAUUUGUCUGAUCGACAGUCCAAAAUUCAGCUACAGUCACAUGAGGGAAGGAAAAGCAGAAAAUUUUCCAUCCAUCCAUUUCCUCUCGCUCAUCCAGGGUUGGGUCACGGUGGCAGCAGGUUCAGCGGUACGUUCCAGACGUCCUCCUGGAGGAUCCCGAGGCAUUCCCAGGCCAGAUAGGCUAUGAAGUCCUUCUAGCGGGUUCUGGGUGUGCCCCAGGGCCCCUAAUCUCCCUCCAGAUGUCCAAGACCUUGUGUCCUUUUGGUCACUACCCAAAGCUCAUGACCAUAGGUGAGGGUUGGAACGUAGAUGGACUGGAAGCUUUGCCUUCCAGCUCGGCUCCCUCUGAACCACAACUGUUCACGUCUGCAAUACUGCCGAUGCUGCUCCAACUCGCCGGUCCAUCUCAUGCUCUGUUUUCCUGUCACUGGUUAACAACACCUCGAAAUACUUGAAGUCCUUCGCUUGGGGCAGCAACUCGCUUCUAACCCGGAGGCAGCAUUCCACCGCUUGGAGCUGCCACAUGCUUGGCUGCAAUUGCGCGCUGAAGGUCACCGCCUGAUGAAGCCAACAGAACCACGUGAAGUUCCUAACCCGGACACUGUCCUCACCCAGGCGGCGUCUUGAAGUCCCGUCCAUGAAUGUCACAAACAGAAUCAGGGACGAGGGGCAACCUUGGCGGAGUCCAACACCCGCUGAGAACGUAGCAACCCCCACAGCGCCCCCCAUAGUCCAUCGGCAUAGUCCUGUCAUGUUUCUGUCGAUCAGUUAAUUGGCUAAUUGUUUCAGCAACCGUCAAGAUUUCAAUAAUUAAACUUUUUAAUUUACUUAAACUUCCUCCUCGACUCUGUCAUCACAGGUUUUUUAGAUUUUUGUUCCCAGACACAAUCAAAUGUUUCUAAUCUUAAUCUUAAUGUAGCAACCUCACAUACAUACGAAACAAAGCCGUGAUGUCUGAGAUCCUUCUGUUUGAAUAUGUUAUGAUGACACAUUGGCAAACAGCAAUAACAGGACAUGUUGACAAUCAGAUGUGAACAGCUUUGUCGGUUUUUCCUCCUUUUGUUCCGUUAGCUCUGACUUCCUCGUACGUCUUUGAUCCCAUGAUAGUUUGAGCUUCAGUAGAUGUAUCGAGUUCUGCUUGUCGGUCUUUUGUUUCAAACUCUAAACUCAAUAAAGUUGUCAUAGCUCAGGG